UGUGUGCGUGUUUGCGUGUGUGCGUGUGUGGGUGUGUGUGUGUGCAUGUGUGUUUGUGUGUGCGUGUGUGGUGUGUAAGUAUGUGUGCAUUUGCUUGGUGGGUCUCUGCCCGCCUCAUUUGCGUUCGUUACAAUGACAUCACCUCGUUCCAUUCAACAGGCGCGCGCUCUCAUCCAUCGGGCGACUGCCCUGCCCGUACGCCCCUCCUUGAAAAAACAGCUUCAACAUCGCAUUUUCGUGUACUUUCAUUUCAUUAAUUCCAUCACACCCAACAGUCGUCCAAAUCCCGUCCAUCCUCCCAUCGACACAUAGAAACACAUACACAUACACACAUACACACACAUACGUGCAUCUACAUCCGCGUCCUGUUCACACCAUCCAUCAAAUCAUGCCAGGCAACAAGAACACAUGUCGGAUGUGUGGCAAGCCCAUGGACAAGCAGGGGCGCCCAAUAGAAAUGCCCGCAGACAAGGCCGCAACAACAACGACGCUGUGGACAGGCACAGGUGUGACAGACCUGAGCAACAUAGCUUGCACGGGCGCAGCAAGCAGCACCGAUGCCCCCGGCAUCGUGAUGAUCGAAUGCCGCCCCGGCAAUGACACCACGACGGGACAGGCCAACACCUCGAGCAGUGCGGCGACCAAUGCCAAGCACAGCAAUCACACCACGACCAAAGCCAAGGGCAAGAAGAAGACCAGGAAGGCUGGCAAGGCCUCCUCCGGGAGGCGCAGACGCUAAUUAGCAUUACCCAAGCUAGCCGAACUCGGACUUCUGAGCUUCUCCUUCUGUCGAUGUAUCGACACGCGGAAAACGGUUGUGAUAUACUGUAUCGUUGCUUGUCGCUGUAUGUCGUGUCUCUGCUCCGCUGUUGUGCUCUUCUAGGUGAUUCUUCAUUCUCUGCUCUUGUAUCUUCGCUUUCUUCUUGUCUUGUCUUGUCUUGUCACUCUUACUCUUGUCUUGUCACGUUGGCAAACCCGUAUCCUAGUGCCUGUCUGUUGUUUUCACGAUAGAGCAAGUACGUCUUUGUCUGUGUGCCGGCGUCUUCUGUAGAGAGGCUGGGCGAUGCAUGAAUGAUCUGUCGACACGUGAGUCGACAGACACACCCACAGUUGUUCUUUCCUCCGCACUUCAGUGCAUGUUCACGUUUGUAGACUGUGGUUUCAACUCAGUGUGUGUGCUCUGCAACCCCACUUUCUAUGUUGGAGUGUUAUCCCUAUCCGUCCCCCCUCGCGGCUUCUGUCGAAGUAACUGACCGAGUAAACGGAUCAUACUGGAGA